CGCCGCGCGGCGUGCCGGUUCCAGACGGGGCCGCCUCUCUCUCUCCGUUCAGUCCGAUCCUUCCGGCCAGUUCCGACACUCCGCUCUUCGCAGUGGUUAUCCGAUCGAACACAGGACCCGACCGAACAAACGCCCCAACGAUGUACGCCUGCAGCAGAUUCGCCGUUCCCAUCGCCAGGUCGACCCUGCUCACAGCUGGGGCGAAAACCUACCUGCGGCCGCUCAGCAGCGCCGUCAUUGGACAAAGCCAGUCUUUCCAGCAGAACCGGACUCAGAGCACGCCGACCUCCUCGUUGUCCAUCGUGCGGAGCUUUCAGACAUCCAUGAUUAGCCGUGACAUCGAUUCGGCUGCCAAAUUCAUCGGCGCUGGUGCUGCCACCGUCGGAGUCGCUGGAUCAGGUGCUGGUAUCGGGUCGGUGUUCGGUUCGUUGAUCAUCGGCUAUGCCAGGAACCCGUCGUUGAAGCAGCAACUGUUCUCAUACGCCAUUCUGGGGUUCGCCCUUUCCGAGGCCAUGGGUCUCUUCUGUCUGAUGAUGGCUUUCCUGCUUCUGUUCGCCUUCUAAGCCACGACGUCCACCUUACUUAAAGAACAUAUACCGAUAGUCUUAGUUCGUCACUGCCAAGGCAGCGUCCACCAGCUCCGAAGGUGGCCAAGGGCGGAAGCUGCCUUCGGUUGGAGAGCACGGAAGCAUGUGAAAUCGUUUACGGGGAAAAGUGAGAGCCGGUCGACUGCCUCUCGGGGAACCGACAGGCAGUCGAAUGCGCCUCGACGCCGCGGUUUGUUACAACGUGUCCGCGAGGACGUAGUCGGGGCUCGGAGACGAGAGAAGUCGUUUCGGGUUUGUAACCCUGGCUCCGUGGCCUGAGGCCGUGGUCUCCUCUUCGGGGUCUCGACGGCGACCGACACGUGCCGCACCUCGAGCACUGUACAUCCUCAUGAAACCAUUUCAUGGCCUACCGUUCGAACACGACGUAGAGUAACAAGGAAAAAAAGGCGCUCUCGAGUCCUCCGGGCGGCUGUCCCGGGACCGUCGCCCGAAGUCGCCCCCCUUCUCGAGUCCUCGGCUCACCUCAUUGCAUUACACUUCCUCCUAUUUCUGCGUAUGUCCACGUUAGUAUUUAUACACGCGUAUCGGGACGGCAGCGCAAUGUCGCUCCGUCUAGUAACUCUCUUCGAAAGCAUCGGCCGCUUAUCUCACGGGCCCGCCAAUCUUGCGCGCGAGUUAUAGAGCCGUGCCCGCGUAAGUCCUUCUUUUUGGAGCCACUUUUGUUACCCGUAAUAACUGUUUCAUCAUUGUUGUGCCGUCGCGGAUGCACGUUGUUGAGGUAACUCAUUGACGAGGAAACUUGUACAGUGAUAAUCGAAUAAAACACCUUUGUCGUGAGGACGUUACCGGUA